AUGUUUAGCACUUGUGGCACUGUGUGGGUUUAUAGUAAGCAUUUAUUUGUUGCAUCAGAUACCCCUUUUAAUGAAGCAAUUGUGCAUUCUUUGGAUUUAAGCUGUGCUUUACCCAAAAACCCUCCGUGAGUGAACAAAAAUUGUUUUAAUUGAAAAAUUUUUUAUAGAGAAAAAUUUUGAUAUAUAAGUGAUAAUUAUUAUAUGAAAUCUCUGGCUAAUUCUGUUUAAUUUUUAAACAAAUUGCGUUUAAAACAUAAAUUUUAUAAUUAAAUUAAUAUUUGCUUUCCAAUUUUUGCGAAUUAGGAUUUUUUAAAUUUAGGGGAAAAAAAUUCUAUAAAUUUAUGUAGAAGUUUUUAAAAAAAUAAAUUAACCACCCUGAGCCAACAAAAAAUUUUUAUUCGCUGAAGGAGGGGGAGGGAGUUAGCGACUUGUCAUUCAUUAACCAAUGUAGACGAAAAAUUAGUAGGAGAUAAAUAUUUUAUCCAAAUUUUUGGUUAAAAAUGAUUUAAAACCUAAUAUGAUAAAUAUAGGCCAAAAAGCACCAGGAGAUACUCAAGACCUAGAAAUAUAUAAAUUUUCUGGAUUUUCAUAUAGAGAGCCUAAAGAAGAAGAAUCUGGUGUGAAAGCGAUUGUUUCAUCGAAUUCGAAUUCUGAUAACAAGCAAGAAGAAAAUUUAAGCGUCGCCAUUCUCCAUAUCUUUUAUUUCACCUCAAAAAGGAAAAGGAUGGGUGUUAUCGUAAAAAACCCAGAAAAUAACCAAUUUGAGUUCUACAUGAAAGGAGCUCCUGAAAUGGUCUUAGAAAGGUGCAGAAAAUCUUCAAUACCUGAAGACAUAGACCAUAUAUUAUAUAACUAUACAAGAUCCGGAUACAGAGUACUCGCAUGUGCUAUGAAUCCUCUUAAUCCUAUCCUUGACGACGAAAUGAAGUCCCAAAAGCUCGAAAACCUUGAGCAGAACAUGAAAUUCCUCGGCUUAAUUGUCUUACAGAAUAAGCUCAAACCUCAGACUAUCCCAACCAUCCAACUGCUGCAUAAAGCUGCCAUUGAUACUGUAAUGGCAACUGGCGAUGCAGUCUUAACUGCUAUUUCUGUAGCAAAAGAAUGCCAUAUCAUAAACCCAGAAAUUCCUGUAUAUUUAGCAGAAAUGGUUGAUGAAGAAAUCAGAUGGGAAAGAUUUGUUAGUAGUGCUGAAGAUGUGUCCAAGCAAAAUAUUUUAAAUGAGCCACCUUGGGUUAAUAAUGAGCUUGGCGGAGAUUAUACGUUAGCGGUUACUGGGGUGGUGUUAAAUGCCUAUGAUAUAUUUGCCAAAAAUGGGGAUGCUAAUAUGAUAAAAAUUUUUUAUAUAUAUUUUUAUAUAAAUAAUCAAAAAAAAAUUAAUUAAAAUUUUAUGCUAAUGCCGAGUAUUCGAUAAAAGUCCUGCUUAAUAAAUGCAGAAUUUUUGCAAGGAUGUCUCCAGAGCACAAAACACUGCUGGUAAGCAGGCUCCAAAGCAUAGGCCUCUUAGUUGGCAUGUGUGGAGAUGGAGCUAAUGACUGCGGAGCUUUAAAAACUGCUGAUAUAGGAAUAUCCUUAACAGAAGCUGAAACUUCUAUUGCAGCUCCUUUCACGUCAAGUAUCCCUGAUAUUUCAUGUGUUCCAAUAGUUUUAAAAAAUGGCAGAUGUGCCUUGACCACAUCUGUGCAGUGCUUUAAAUUUAUGGCUGUUUAUUCUAUGAUUCAAUUUACGAAUGUCAAAAUUUUAUAUACCCUUGCAUACAAUUUAUCAAAAUAAAGCUAUUUAUAUUAAAUUAAAAAACAGCUAAUUAAUCAUAUAAAAUACACGUCCUUGGGAGUGGAUUGACCAAUAACGAAUUUUUAUCUCAAGAUUUGUUAACAGUCCUACCUUUAGCUAUGGCAAUGGGCAGCACAGGGCCUUAUCCUAAAUUAAGCAAAAAACAGCCAACUUCAUCAUUAAUGUCUGUCGCUGUCAUAGGCUCAGUACUAGGACAGUCUAUAUUACAAGCUAUAGGAAUGGUCAUUGUCUAUGAAGUAGCGAUAGCUUUGCCAUUCUAUGAGUCUGUAGACGACGCAGGCGACGACUACUUAAACGACGCCAAUACCAUUGUGUACCUUAUGGCCCUGCUUGAACUUUUAUCAGUCUGCGUUGCCUUUAACGAAGGAAAGCCUUGAAAAUUUCCGGCUUAUAAAAAUGUUUACCUUAUGGUUUAUAUUUCCUGUUUAUUUUCGCUGCAUAUUUACUUGGUUCUUUGGCCUCCACAAUGGUUAAUGGAUCUUUAUAAUGUAAGAGUUAUGUAGAUUGCAUGGUUUCCAAUGUACAUGAGACUUGCACUGCUAGGAAUUUGGGGUGGAUACAGCAUAGUCGCUUAUUUCUAA